AUGAAUCAAUUUGAUAGGUUUAAUGACGGAAACGUUUUGGACGAGGAUAGUUUUAACUCGGUGUUUCCAGAAAUUAUUAGUCAACACAUUGCAAAGCAAUGUAUGGGCAUGAAAGCGAUUAUAGAUCCAUUUUGUGGAGCAGGUAGAAAUGUUCUUCAACUUGCUAGAGUUUGCGAUUCAGUUAUAGCAAUCGAUAUCGACCCGGCGAAAAUUCAAUUAGCAAAGAAUAACGCGAAAGUUUAUAAUGUCUAUCAUAAAAUAACGUUCAUUGUCGACGACUUUUUUAAAAUUGCUCACCGACUAAAACCCGUAGAUUGCAUUGUAACAUCACCGCCUUGGGGUGGUUAUAAUUACGAAAAUAGCCAAUCAAUUAGUGCAACCAAUAUUUUAAUCGAAAAAAUUUUGGAAUUAGGAAUAAAGGUGGCACCAAAGAUUUUAUUACACGUGCCGAAAGACCUAAACACAAACGAAUGCAUCUUGAUUGGAAAACGGCAUAGAGUAAGGACUUUCAAAGAAGAAAUUAUUACAGUUAACUGCGAUCAGAAUUCCAAAUUAUUGUAUUUCAAUAAAUUGAAAAGCGAAGGAAAUGAUCAUACAAAUUAUACAAUGGUAAAUUUCGAUCGAUAUUGCAAUAUUAAAAUAAAUGACGACUGUCGGUCAGUUAUCACAAAAAAACCGAUAAAUGUGGUGGCUGAAGACAAAGUCGUAAAUCCGAAUAAAACAGCAAACUCCACCAAAUCAUUCUCGUCAAACACAGUUGUUCCACUCUCAACGAUGUAA